AUGGAUUGGAAAAAUCUGCAUGGUUAUAUUGAGGUAUCUCCUUUCUUGCUCUUUGAAUCCACAGGUGAUUCUGAGGAAGAUUCUCAUCUCACCAAUUGUUCCUGUGAUGAUGAUGAUGAUAACAAGGAGGUGACUUGUGAUGAUGUUGAUGAUUGUCAGUCUUGCUGCUCCGAUUCUUCUGAGAUUUGUGACACGUAUCAUGAUAACGAUAAGAGUACUGAUCUAGUACGUGUGCAUGGUCAUGUUUAUGAUUCUAAUAAAAGACACCGGAAUGAUUAUGAUGAAGAUGAUGAUGAAGACGACGAUGAUGGUGCUGUUAGCCAAGAAUGCAGCAGUCGGAAUGCAGGAGUUGGUUAUUCAAGAACACAGUUGAAGAAGUGUAAGGUGUCUGUUGAUUCUAGAGUGGAUUCAAUUAAGAAAGAAGAGAAAGACAAGUUGUUCUGGGAUGCAUGUUUAGCUUCUUGA